AUGGCUGUAGAGCAAGUGUUUCAUAUGAAUGGGGGUGUCGGAGAAACAAGCUACGCCAACAACUCUUCAGUACAGAAAAAAGUGAUGAUGAGAGCAAGAACUAUACUUGAAGAAAGCAUCAACAAGAUGUUCUGCACCAAUCUUCCAACUUGUUUGAAAGUGGCAGAUUUGGCGUGUUCUUCGGGACCAGAUGCACUUUUGGUGGCAUCUAACAUCAUCGAUAUCGUCAACGAAACAAGUCUCAGAUUGAAGGUUGAAACACCCACCUUCCAGUUUUUCCUAAGCGAUCUGUUUGGGAAUGAUUUUAAUGCAAUCUUCAAGUCACUCCCGGAGUUCUAUCACACUCUGAAACAAGACACAAGAUGUUUGAUAAAUGCAACGCCUGGCACUUUCUAUGGAUCCCUCUUCCCCUCCAAUUCCAUCCAUUUCUUUCAUUCCUCUUUCUCUCUCCACUAG